AUGCCGAACCUCGAGGGUCUACCAUCCGAGCUCCUGCUUUCCGUUGCCCGUUACCUUCCCCAGUCCGAUCUGUACAGUCUAGCAUCGACAUGCCGAAAGCUCUUGAGCACCGCAGAAGACAUACUCUACGAUGCACCCGUGAUAGGAAUGCCCUACAGCGAGGAGUAUCAAAACCCCAUCGCCAUGAGAAAUCGCGUUUUCACAUUUGCUCAAACAAUACUUCAUCACCCUCGGUUGGCUUCGAAAGUCCGCCUGUUCUCAGUAUCAGCAUCUAAAGGCGGUGCUGAGUUCACGGUUCAUCCCGACGCUAUGAGUCUUGCUGCCGGCUAUCUUCGAGAGAUUGGGCUCCAUAGUCCUCCGUGGGCCAAUCGCGUUGGGGAUUGGAUGCGCCGGUUGAAUGUAGGCGAUGGCGUAGCGUGGACAGGUCUCAUACUCGCAAUCAUCCCUAAAUUGUGCAACCUGACGAUUGAGAUCCUGUCCGACUCUGGCUUUACUACCGCCUCCACGUACGAUAGCUACCAUCGCUACCGUCACGAACAUCUGGAAGGACUCUUCGGAUACCUUGAUGAGGCGUGCGACCCAGCCUCUCUUCUACCACCUGAUCUCACCGCUAUCUUGGGCUUGCGCCGCUUAGAGACGCUGUAUUAUCUCGGUUACGACAUAGCAUCGAGCUGGGUUUCCUUACCGAAACUGCAGACCCUCAAGAUAGCACACGAGGGCCGCUGUCCUGAUCUUAAACGAGCACAGACCCAGAACGAAAUACCAUCGCCCGGUAUCAAUGUGCAAAACGUCGUAUUGGAAGUUUCUACUUUAUUGCUGAAUUUUAAUCCUACCAUUCGGUCUGGGGCACUCGAGGACCACUUUCUUUCCUCCAGUCUAUAUCCCAGGUCGCGCGAAGUCAAGCUAUACCUCAACAACCAGCAGUACAACCCAGACUACAGCUUUGUAGAAGAUGACGAAGACCCGGAUCGAUACCACGAGUGUAUUGAUAUAAUUGAAACGCCGGGACAGGGCGAGGCAGACAUGUUACUGAACCGGAUGAUCCCACUAUCACGAACUCUGCCUGGGUUGCGGAUUGAUGUAUAUAAGGACCUUGAUUCGAGCUUUCUGCACUACGUCAGCCCAUUCUCUAGCUUCUGUGCUUUCGAAGCGCUGACCCUGCUAUCUCUUCCGCAAAUGCUACUCCUCGGCGCUGACUAUGGUGUCCCGGGGCAGCAGCAUCAAUCUGUUCCUAUACACCAGUUACUUCCUCGCACUCUCGAAUAUCUCGAAAUUACGUCGCCGUAUACAUCGGUAGUCGACUGGCUUGAGGAGUUGCGCAGCUAUAGUGAGCUUAUGCCACAACUAGAGAACGUUACGUUAGUCUGCUCAGACUCUCGAGGUGAUCCUUAUCCGGCACUUCGGUCACACAUCGAAGUCUGGGCUGAAGAAGCCGCCGCACCGGGGUUCUGUGUUCAAGUCUUCUGGAGCGACCGAGAUCUGAGUCCAUGGCGGCCCCAAGGAGCUUGGUCUCAUGAUUGCGACCCAUACGUUAUGCGACUUGUUCGCUAUCUGGAACGACCGCAUAUCGGGAAGUAG